CCAAAAUGACCGAUCCAAACACCUCCUCAUUUUUCUUAGGUGACUUUGGCAGCAUUUACGAUGAGCUCAACUUCACUUAUAAUUACACAGAGUUUAUUGUAGACCCAGAAACGCAGCCCUGUGACCACAUGUCCAUCUCAGACACAGCAUCAGCUGUCGUCUGUGCGUUUUAUGUCCUCAUCUUUGUGUUGGCGAUCCCUGGAAACCUUAUAGUGGGGUUGGUGAUUGGCCUUACCAAGCAGCCACUGCCACCCUCUGACCUCUACCUCCUCCACCUGGCAUUGGCCGACAUCUUGCUUGCAAUUACCCUCCCUUUCUGGGCCACCUCUGUUACUAUGGGCUGGGUGUUUGGAGAUUUCAUUUGUAAAAUAGUCAGCAUCCUCCAAGAGCUUAGCUUCUACUCAAGCAUUCUCUUUCUGACUUGCAUCAGUGUGGACCGUUACCUUGUGAUUGUGCGAGCUAUGGAGGCUCGUAAGGCUAACCGACGUCAAGUCAGCUGGGGAGUUUGUGCCGCUGUUUGGCUCGCUGGAGGACUUCUGUCCCUGCCGGGGCUGUUAAAUUCAUCCUUCACCUCUAGCAACACCAAACAGGCAGUGUGUGCUGAAGACUAUGAUCCAACCAGCGCUGAUGAGUGGCGCCUGGCUACCAGAUGUCUUCGCCACACCUUGGGUUUCGUGAUCCCCUUGGUCAUCAUGGUGUCCUGUUAUGGAGUGACCAUCCAGCGCCUGCUCCACACCCGUGAUGGCUUCCAGCGGCAGCGAGCCAUGAGAGUCAUUGUGAUCGUGGUCUUCGCCUUCCUGCUUUGUUGGACGCCGUACCACCUCACAGUGAUGGCAGAUACAUUUUUCAGAACGGAGAUUGUGCCGUAUGAAUGCCCAGCGAGGAGCGCAGUGGAUCAGGCCAUGUUCGUCACCCAGAGUCUGGGUCUGCUUCACAGCUGUGUCAACCCGGUGUUGUACGCUUUUGUGGGAGAAAAAUUCAGGAGGAGGUUACUGCAGGUGUUGAGGAAGACGGGCGUCCUCGAGAGAGCAUCAGUGACAAGAUCCAGCAGGUCCUCGCAGUCAUCGGAAAUCACGUCCACUUUCAUGUGAGAGCACUAAAGGGACCAAAGCAUGCGUUUGUUGUGUUCAGGUGUGUGCUUGAGUUCAUGAUUAUUUUGUUGGCAUCUGCUAUGUGAAAAAUAUCACACCCUACCGCUCACUUAAGUUUGCCAUCAAACAAAUUUAAUGAUCAAACUUCUCAGUAAUACUUAACAAAGACUGUCCAGUGUUCAUAUUCAACUUACCAUCAGUGCUAUCCUUUUUCA